AUGAAAUACUUGGGAGCUUAUCUCCUCGCCAACAUCGGUGGCAAUGCCUCCCCAUCGGCUAAGGACAUCCUCAAGAUCCUCGAAUCUGGAGGUCUUGACUGUGAUAUGGAAAACGCCAACAAGGUUGUUGACGCCCUUAGCGGAAAGACCAUUGCUGAGGUUAUAGCUGAAGGAAAAGCUAAGCUCGCUUCCGUCCCGUCCGGAGGAGCUGCUGCCCCAGCCGCUGCUGCUCCAGCUGCUGCCGCUGCCGCCCCAGCUGCUGCCAAGAAGGAAGAGCCAAAGGAAGAAUCCGAUGACGAUAUGGGCUUCGGUCUCUUUGACUAA